CCACGUGGAAUUUUUAAAAAAAUUGUAGCAGCAGCAGCUCCACGAGAGAUAUUUCCAACCACUGAAAUUGAUAAAUAUGCAGAUUUGUUUUGGUUGAGAGAGAAAUAAGGAAGAAAAAGAGAGGUGAUGAAGAUGAUGGCUGCCACAACUAAGCCAUAUUCACCUCUUCUCAUCAGAUCCAUGGCUGCCCAGAAGCCCAUUCCUUUUGCUGCCAAAACUGUCACCUCUAAGAAGAGCACGACGCCGAAGCUGCUGACGCGAGUGGAGCAGCUGCGACUCCUUAGCAAGGCGGAGAAGGCGGGGCUGCUGUCAGCGGCGGAGAAGUCGGGGCUGUCAUUGUCGACAAUCGAGAGGCUGGGGCUCCUCUCGAAAGCUGAGGAGCUCGGGGUGCUCUCAGCCGCCACGGACCCUGCGACGGCGACGACGCUCCUCAACGUGAGCUUGAUCUUGCUUGUUUUGGGACCUGCAUUUGUUUUCAUAGUGCCGGAAGACUACCCUUGGGAAAUAGGCCUUCAGGUUGUGGUUGCUCUGCUUUCUAUAGUUGGUGGCUCUGCUGCUUUUGCUGCAUCAAAUCUUGUAUCCACUUUGCAGAAAUAGACCUUUUUUUGCUUGAGAAUGAGAUUUGCACAAUUUCAUGUCAAUGUAAGACAAAAAUUUCACCAGUAAUUCCAUUCUAGCAAACAUGAUUUGGUGAA